AUGGGCAAGCUCUGUUUGAAAGAGCUUGAACCGGAAACUCAGGAAAGAGUCAUGCAAACAAUACGCGAAGACUCAAAUACAAACUAUGACAAAAUCUUUCUAGGAUAUUGGUUACCUGAGAUGGGCGACCAGAGCCCAAAGGCAAAAAGGACACGUGAAAUUUACAACAUACUAGGUGAACAUGAGGCAAAGAUGCAACAACUUGAAGCAGAGGGCAAGUUACCAAAAGCGACACCAAAGAAGAAGAGUAGAACAAAGUAA